UAAUACCAUAUUUUUCCGAGUGUUCACCUUUCGGGAUUUCAGUAGUCGGGGCCGAAAACGUUAACAAAAUCCAGCGGAAAACUGCCCAACUCGCAGACUGUGACACACGCAAACACCUAAGCCCACACACUCGCACACCCGCACACAGGGGGAAAAAGAGGGAGCCAUGGCCAAAAAGGAGGAGCUCCUUAUGGACGGGCCGAAGCGGAUGAACCGCGAGUUGGCCCUGAUGCUGGAGGACAAGCAGAACCUGCAGUUCCGCAACCUGUGGGUGGAGCCGAACAACAUCUACAAGUGGAGCGGGCUGCUGAUGCCGGUGGCCGAGCCCUACAACAAGGGGGCCUUCAAAAUGGAGAUCGACUUUCCGAUGGACUAUCCCUUCAAGCCGCCCCGCAUCCACAUAAACACCAGGAUGUACCACCUGAACGUCAAUGAGCGCGGCCAGGUGUGUGUGCCGAUCCUGGAGACCGAGCACUGGAUCCCCACCACGCGGAUCGACCAGGUCCUGCAGGUCCUGCUGGCCACCAUUAACGACCCGCAGCCGGAGAACGCCUGGCACAUGGAGAUGGCCGGCGAGUACCACAAUGAUCCGGUGCGUUUCUUCAGAAUGGCCGACGCCUGGGUUCAGAAGUACAGUGAACGCCGGCCCACCGAAGAGGAGCUGGCCAAGUUCGCCCGGAAGCGAAAGAAAGCAAUGUCCAAGGAUUAGUAAGGAUUGCAUGAAGUGCUUCUAUCGAUGUUAUAGUAAAAAUAUUGUAAAUUGUUAAAGUAAAAUAAUCAAGCUAGAUAGGAAACUAAAAUGUAACCAAUAGCUUUCAAGUAAGGCAUUGACUUGUUAUAUAAAGUUAGUUAGAACCACUCACUAUAAAUACUUGGUAGCAAGUCAUAACGAGGAAUCAAUUACAUGAAAAGCAACAUAAUGUUGUAUCCCAGUCCCAACUUUAACUACUAAAUCUUAUUGACUUGGCAAUAAAUAUCGAGAAAGAGCCUCA